CGUAUUGCAUUUACGACUAGUCUAUUUACAUGUGUAUGAACAGAAGGUGUGAAUUAAACGAGUCUAAAGUUUAUGUGUUCUUCUGAUUGUAUCGCAAAAUAAUGGCUCAGCGCUGGAAAAGGCAGGAAAAUGUACCAUUUCCGUCAAUUUGGCAUAAAUUCACUGGGAAAAAGGAAGUAAAUGGAGUUUUACCGAAAUUUUGGGUUCAAGACAUUCCGGAAGAGUAUUAUCAGUCUGCAAUCGCAAUGAUGUGCGAUUACUUUAUAAACGAAGAGCCCUUAUGCAGAUAUUCAAACGCAAAAGCAGACCCACAAUUUUUUGAAGAUAUGGUGUUGUUGUGGACAGAAUGUCUUAAGGACAAGGUUGCACUCAUAUGCUUCAUGGAAAAUCCUGAUCCUAAAGGAAAACCUAUUGUGGCAGGAUUAAAUAUGACCGCAAUUUCAUAUAAGGGAGAUAAAAAAAAAACGGAAUUCAAAUCGGAAAUUUCAAAAAGAAUUAUCGGAGCUCUUAAUCACGUAACAAAUGCUAAAGAUCCCUUUGAAACGCUAAAAAUUGACGAAUAUUUAACUGCGAUGGGACUGUUGGUUCUACCGGAAUUCCGGGGACAGAAUUUAGGAUUACAGAUUCUGAAAGCUAGGGAACCCUUGUGUAAGACACUUGGUUUGAAAGCAACUGUGACAUCUUUUACUUCUAUUAUUUCUCAAAAAUUGGCCGCAAAAUGCGGAUUCAAGGUGUUGUGCGAAAUGACCCACAAAGAAAUAGAGUCGCAGAAUCCAAAAAUAUCUUUUCCUGGAAUUGAAAAUCAUACGAAAUCAUUAAAGAACAUGUACAUGUUAUUUGAAUAAAUUGUGCAUAUUGGGUCUCCAAGGACUUCAUUCCUAUUGAUAAAAACUGCUGGCGGGGUAGGUGGAGGGUAAAAACAAAAAUGGCAAACGACUAUAUGGUGGUACGAUCGUUCAGACGGCGGUGGAAAGAGUGGAGGGGGUGGUAAGGAUGGAUGAGGUCGAAAGGGAGGAAGGAGAGGUAUGGGUUGAGGGGUGGUAAUAGAGGGGUAUAAAAACUUCAUCCCCAUUGUAAAAAAGGGCGGUGAAGUGGAGGCGUGGGA